UGACACGGUGACAAGGGGAAGUACUGGAGGCCAUGGGGAACUCUGAGAGCGUUUGGUGGGUUGUUGUGGAGUUCGCCUGCAGGAUUCUUGGUGUUUCUACAGCAACAGUGUUGUGUGCUGUUGGAGUAGAAACCCUGCAACAAGGAGAAUUCAACAGCUUGGGUGUCUACUUACUCGUGUCAUCUGUUGGCAUCAUGUUGUUCGAGCUGGCCUACUUCCUGGAUGCUGCUCUGUUCAUGUGUUUGCCCUGUCCUCCAGACUGGAUGAUCUUUGUGUUGUGGGGGAAGAUGGCUCACGUUGGAGGUUUUCAUAAGUUCCUGUACUACUCCAUUAUGUCCGUGAUCUGCUUCUUGCACCCCGUGUUGGUGUGGCAUGCCAUUAUCCCAGGGGCGAUGCUUCUGGUGACCGCCUUGUUCAACUUCAUACUGAGCAAGAAAACAAAGAAAAAGUGUCAAAAAAGACCACAGGACAACCACAGCGACCAAGGCCUGACCACCGUGUGUGUGACGGAGGGAUCGACCUCAGGAGCAACCUCCUCUUUCUCAUUCCUCCACAUAUUGACCGGGAGGAAAGGAGGAGGAGGAGGUGGACCCACUCUCCCGACCAGAGAUCGCUGCCUCGGCCCGGGUGAGAGAGGGGAGAGCGUGCAGGCCAUGCUGGAGCUGCAGCAGACGACAGAACCCAAAGACUCAGACAGAGAGAAGAGGAGGUGGAAGGAGAGGGGGCUGAUGUGCUUCAGAGGGAGGGAGGAGCCGGUGGAGAGAGAGAUGGAGGAGAUGGACGGAUACUGUGAGGCGGAGACAGACACCACCUCAGACACUGCACCUAUGAUAACAGACUGAGCUUAAAUCGCACAAAGGAAAGUGAUUUAUUCAAACAUCUCACUGGUUCGACACUGGGGUGGACUUCAGUCUGGAGACACCAUUGUAGAACGUCUGACCCGCCAAAAUAAGACUCAUGAGCCUUAUUAAGUCUUCAGUAAUAAGAUAUUUUGUAUUUUAUGCAAUGGCGGGACAAAAAUAUGGAGAUUAUUAGAUUUUUAAAUGGAAUUUUCAACUGAUUUGUUUAUUUUUUACUCAACAAGAAUCUAUUUUAGCAGAAUAAUUCAGAAGAAUGAAUGCAUUUGUUCCUAACUCUGCACAUGGCUGGUGGCUUUUAGUCAGAUUGCCUGUUUUUUUUUUGUGUGUGUGUGUGUGCAAAUCUGGCAUUGAUUGACAAGCAGACAUUCACACAGAACAAUCCAAUCCAGUUACAGCAGCAUGCAUUAUUCAUGAGGUGAUAAAUUAGAUCAACUGUUUCACUCAUUCAGCGUCUCAGAAAAUAGAAUGUGGCUGAGAGAAGCAGGCAUCCAGAUUGUGCAGGUGCGUGUGUUAGACACAUUCAAGUCUGCUCUUUGUGUGUUUGUCGUUGUGUGAGCGGUGACCAUGGAGACGGAGCUCUGGGAGGAGUGUUCAUGUAUUAUGGUGAUGAGGAGUAGACCAGAUCACCAGCCACAGGCCUAUAUUUAACUAGAAACCAGCAUCUAAUGUCUUAAUUUUGCAUGCAUAUUCCAUUCAAAUUAUGCAGUUAUAUAUUGAUAGUGUUAAAAGGUUGCAUGGAUAAGAUACACACUCUGGAAAUCACCUUCAAAUUUGCAUUUUGUGACGCAAAAGCUAGCAUAAACAGCCUGCAUUAACAUGAUUUCCUUUUGUUUUAUCACGCAACCAAGAAAACACUUCUCCACACAGACAGUCCUCUUUUGUUCGGGUUAUAAAUCAAUACUGUUUUGUUCUGUCGUCACACACACACACAAAAACACACACAUAUACUGUACACACUGUAUUCCUGCCUCUUUUGUUCCCUAAGCGUCAGAUAUAUGUAUGUAGCCUUAAGAGGCAAUCUCUUUGCAGCAUCAGAGCUAAAGAGAGAAUCAAUAAAAGCAGAGAGCCUCAUUCA